AUACAUUCUAACUUGCUCUCAUACAAACGCUACAGGUUGCAGCUGCUCAAUAAAAAUUCUUUCACUGCCUUCGUAAAACUUCUUUCACGAAAAGGGCUCUUUGUCUGAACAAAGACGCAAAAGAUUUUCCUUGCUUGCGGAUAUUUAGAUUCUUAAAUACUGAAAGGGAUCAUCAGAGUAGAGAGAAAAUUUAUUUUCAUCCAUUAUUUGUCGAAAAAUCUUCACUUACUUUCGGCGUCCUUCACGCAAAACGUUCAAAGAAUAAAGUUUUAGAAUUUCACGAGAAUGCUUUCUCCCUCGGAAAUGUGUGCAGAUGACGCUACUAUGUACUACCAUUGUGAAUAAUCACAGCCAAUAGGAGGACGCGUUGCAUCGAAUUCAAUAGCUACCAAUUCUUAAGGAACGUUUUGAUUGGACGUUCCUAAUUUUCCCGAAUAACAUCGAGCCACCCGCCAUAACGAACGUAGCGUGUAUAUACAGUGUACACGAGACGGUUGCAUGCACAGCAACUUAUGGUGACAAUUUUUAGUCAUGGAAGUUGCACAAAAGUUGCAUUUUGACGCAUGCGACAUUCAGGACGAGGAGCUGAAUAUCAGCUGUCGUACGAACAGCUCCGGUUGUGAUGUUGACGAUAUUUUAGAUUCUUCGGCGGAAGAUCUUGGAUGUUCACCCCCGCUUCAACCAAGAAAAUUAUCCUUUAGCAAUACAAUGGACUGUAGUGACAGUGAAAAUAAUCAAUCUGUGUUAAUUAAUAAUAACAAAACACCGAUUAGUAACGUGACAGGUGCUUCAAGAAUAAGAAUUCCUCCUCGUGAGAAUGUUUGUUCACAAAAAAUGUCAAUGGCAUGUAGUCCACCAUACAAACGCGUUAGAGCUUUACGUCUCUUUGACUCGCCUGCUACUCCAAAGACUCUAAUGGAGAAGAGCGCGAUGCAUACUCCAUUCCCUACUAAGUGUACUAGACUAUUUUCAUUAGACAAACCAAGAGCAUGUAGCUAUCAAACAAAAUCGGAUAAACCAGCUGCCAAUGUAAAUCCUUUUACACCAAAUGGAAUGUUGUUAACUGCAAGAAAACGUACUAGGUCUAAACGUAGUCUUAAUGGCUCUCCUGAUAUUCAAAUUCCGAAAUUCGAUCUCGCUGAUUCUGAGGAGUCAGAUAACGAAGAAGUAGAACAAGCAACAAAACGUGUAGCAUUGCAAGACUCUAACAUUCCUAGAUAUCACCAAGAAUUUCAUGAACUGGGAUUGAUUGGUACAGGCGAAUUUGGUUCAGUUUAUAAGUGUAUUAAUCGAUUGGAUGGAUGCAUUUAUGCCAUUAAAAAAAGUAUUAAACCAGUGGCUGGAAGUAUUAAUGAAAAGAAUGCUUUAAACGAAGUAUAUGCUCAUGCUGUUCUUGGUAAACAUCAGCAUGUCGUACGGUACUAUUCGGCUUGGGCAGAAGAUAAUCACAUGAUUAUUCAGAAUGAAUAUUGUAACGGUGGUAGCCUAGCAGAUGCAAUCGUGAAUUUAGAAAAAGAAAACAAAAAAUUUACUGAAGCGGAGAUACGGCAACUGUUGUUACAUGUUGCUGAAGGUUUAAGAUACAUUCACAGUAUGCAAUUAGUACAUAUGGAUAUAAAGCCUGGAAAUAUUUUUAUCUCGAAGGAAAAAAGGUUACUAGCAGUCAAUUACGAUUCAGCAGAUGAUGGCUUUGACGAGGAAGAAACUAUAGAAGAAGAAAUCACUUAUAAAAUAGGUGAUUUAGGUCAUGUUACAUCUGUUAAUAACCCUCAAGUUGAAGAAGGAGAUUGUAGAUAUUUACCGACCGAGAUUUUACGUGAAGACUUCAGUCACUUAUCGAAAGCUGAUAUUUUUGCAUUGGGAUUAACUGUUUACGAAGCAGGCGGUGGAGGUCCAUUACCCAAAAAUGGACCCGAGUGGCAUGACAUUAGGAAUGGAAAUUUAAAAGAAUUACCGCACUAUAGUCGUGACGUUAAUGAAUUACUUAAAUUGAUGGUUCAUCCAAACCCUGAAAUGAGACCUUCAGCGGUAUGUCUUAUUCAGCAUAGAGUACUAUGUCCAUUUGGGAAUAAAACGAAAGCUCAACUUCGACGAGAACUAAAUGCGGAAAAGCUGAAAAACGAAAUUUUAUCAAAACAAUUACAGGAAGCCGCUAAAUGCCUAAAAACUAUUGCUCCAAACGUAGCGGCAAUUAAUAACAAUAUGAACGCUGGAGGAUAUAAAUUAAGGCCUACGCCAACUAGAACUUCAUCUCGAGUAGUGGGUAAAAAGGUCAACCGAAGCAAUAGCACUACAAAUUUUUGAAUGUUCUGUGUUAUGUUUAUGUUGGACUAAAGGAGAAAGGUAAAGGUGCUUAAGGAAAAAUAUCUUUUUUAAGUGCCUUGACAUUGUGAUAUGAAUUAACUGUAGUUGUUAAGUGAAAAUGCGAUCACUAUUUGAUAAUAUGAGAAUAAUAAAAUGCUACACAGAGUGAAAUUGUAUAGGAGUUACGAGUAAACUCUUGCAGCGAUGAAGAUAUUACAUUAAUAAAAGUAAGUUACGAUUUACAAACGAAAAUUAUAAGCAGGUAAUUUUCCAUUUCGGUAUAUUACAUUUCAUCGUUAGUUAAAUUUUUAGAUGGGUAAUACAGUAAUUUGAUGCUGUUUAUCUGUGUAUAUGUUUAAUAUUUCGUAUGCAAGAUGAAAAGUAGAUAUAAGGUUUUGAAAACGUAAUAAUUAUUGCCAAUAUUCAUCAUUAGUCUAUUAUGUUGUACAAGAUAUAUAACAUGUGGAAAUCUGUUUCAUUAACUAAAGUAACAAUAUUAUUGCAUAUUUCAUCAUGUUUUACUGUUCUUCGUACAAGUUUUUACUUAUGUACUUUUGUACAAUUAUAGUAUACACUCGUUUUAAAGCAUUACCAUUUUUUUAAAUUAAACUAACCAGUAUUAUAAAUAGAAAUGUUUGAAGAAAGGAAAUCUUUGUAGCAUCAGUUACUAGUUAACGUUUUUACAUUCAUUUUUUCAUUUUGGUUUGAGAUAAUUGGGGAGUACUAACAAUAGACUGUAACAAAUUGUUACAAAUACAUUAUAUUUUUAUAUAUAGAUAUUUACGUGUAAUGGUUUAAUGUUAUGUCUUGUCUAAUGUUGUAUAAUCAAUACUAAUGUCUGUAUUAUCCAUCAUUUGUUGCUAUCAAGUACUUGUCAAAUGUUCAAAUAAUUAUUUUUCUUUAUUUAUUGCACUUUUCAUACUCAGACAAAAGACUGCUACUUUAAACAUAUCAUAAUGAUUCAUUUUUAUAUUUUUUCACAACCUUAAAUUCAAUAUAUUUUAAGGAUAUAUACAAGUAUCUUUUAAAAUAAUAAUAAUAAUAAAAUCGAUAUUAUUUACUGCCUGUAUACAUUACAUGUUCUUGCUAGUACAAUAAGAUUUUUUUUUUUUUUUUUUUUUAAAUAGAGCUCGUGGUUGCCAUUAUAGAACUUCAUCUAAGCAUAAUUCCCAGCCUUAAACAUUACGAUUUUACUCUGUGUAUGAUUUAUAUAAGGAACUAACUCUUAAAAUCACAAGUGUUUCAAGAGGGAACCUUUGAACGUAAAAUGUUUUGAGUUUAAAUUAUUUUUGUAGUAUUUUUUAUAGUCCUAUUGUCUUUAGCAUGCUCUAAAAUUCGUAUUAUACUAUGUUUCCUUGUGUUUUUAUUAUAUUAUAUUGGAUAGAUACUGAUGUAUAAUAAUCCGCGUUUCUAGCAUAGGUGGUAUUACUGAUUAGGUUUUUCUUAUUUUAUUUACUAAUAUAAAAAUUCUCAAAAAAAUAUUUCCAUUUCAUUAUCGAAUACGUAUUUAAUUUAAAGAUAUUACAAAUCUUUCUAUGUUGGACAGAUUGACCUAUCGAUUCUUUUUAUUUCACUUUUUUCUUGUAACAUGUUGUGUUUCUUGAUCAAGAAUAACAACGAAUAAUUGCUUAUUAUGAUGUGUAUUCAGUUGUAUCAUACCAAAUGCAUACAAUGAAUAUCUCUGUCCCAUAAAAUCAUCGAUUAGAUGUCUUAUGUACAAUUAUUUGGCUUUUAGCUAAUAAAAAAAUCAGUCUUUGUACCUUGAUUUAAUAAUCUCGUGUCACUGAGCAUGCUAAUUUGUGAUUCUUUUAUAUUUGCGUUACUGCAGCAUUUCGAUGUUUAUAUUUAUAUAAAAAGAUAUAGCAUAUCUAAUGCAAUGCAUUACUGUUUACAAAAACUGAAAAAGAGAUCUGUACAGCAUUUUACUAAUAUCAUGAGUUGUUUAUUGUAGUUUGCGGUACAAACUACCUGUAUCUUUUAUUUACCAUACAAAUUUGUUCCUUAAACUAUGGUCCAUUAAAUAUUUUCUUUUAUGUUAUCACAAUGUUGAAAGGUGAUACUAUUAAAUACUAAUUCUUUUGAAUGUAACCUCGUUUACAAACCAAUGUUAUGUAUUUAGUCAUAGGCCAUGCUGUGUAUAAAAUUUACAAAGUUUUGUAAGA